AUGUGUUUCUGGGAGACACAGCGGGGAACGGGGUGUGGCGUCUACGGCCUCAAUACCACUGCACUGCUGCACUCGACCGCGUCCACUGCUCGUGACGAGAACAAAUCUAAACGCCGGUACGCCGGCUCGUGGCCCGCAGCCCGCGUACCCGCGUACCGCGUCUUGUUCCGUCGGCUCACUCAGAGGCAUCUCGAGAUAUUCCAGAUUGGCACAUUACGUUUUACGGCGGGAGGUGUGGCUUGCCUGCAGAUGCCUGGCUGGCACGCCGCCGACGGUGUGCCCGCUCAGGCUGCUACGGACGCCGGGACGCCUGCACGCCUGGAGAGGGAGAUGAUGAAAGCACAACUCGACAUCCUCAGCGACACGACAACGCUCGUCAGCUUGUGGUUCGCAGGAGUGACUGAUCUUCGGGCUGAGGUGUUGAGGACGUUCGCGCCGGAGAAAUGGCAGUGGUCCAAUGAUCCAGUGCAACACCAUGUCGAAAGUGACUGGGGCUCAGAAGAAGACAGCGUUGGGCCCAUUGCAGUUGACUCUCUCGACUCUCUACUCUACAGCCCCCUCGACAUCCUUUCCAACUGGCAACCAUUACACGUCGCCAUGGUCAGCCUGGGAGCGUUGUACCCGCGCGCAUUGCAGCGGCUAAACCGCCGCUCGCCAAUGACCAGAAUCGCCCUCGCCGUGUUCAUCUCGUUCGCCUUCAUCUCGCUGUAUCUCUACCACAGGUUCAACAUCUGGCUCGACCUUGUCUAUACGUACCGCGACAGACACAUGUUCUACGUGAUAUCCAAGUACGCGCCAAAAUGGUACUCUGAGCAGCUCAUCAAGGAGCUCUUCCCCACCGACGAGUUCCCUCACAAGUUCCCGCCAGUCAUCCCUGCGCUCAUGGAUGCGCCUUGGAUCGGAUCAUGGGAUGUCCCAAAGCUCCAGGUCCCUCCCAGCACUGCUGCAUCCAAGCAGGCCAGCUCGCAGCGUGGCAUCGGCCCGUACCACCCCACCACCCCCGCGUUCCUCAUGCUCCACAUCUUCAGCUCCCCCACACGCAAGGGUGCUGCGCGUCGCGCGUUUAUCCGCGAACGCCACCCGUUGUUCUCCAUUCCCAAGGGCUACCGACACUUGGUCGAAGUCAAGUUUGUCAUUGGGUUCACGUCCGAGGACCGCGAUGACAGUUGGCAGAAGCAGGACGAGGUGGAGCGCGAGCAGGAAACGCAUGGCGACCUCCUCCAGAUCCCGGGGCUCAAGAAUGGCGAGAACAUGAACGAGGGAAAGACCAUCAUGUGGAUGCAGUACGUUGGUCGCCAGGGCGCACGCGAGGCGCAAUGGGUGUUGAAAUGCGACGACGACGCCAUCCCAAUCCUGCCCAACAUGCUUCCCGAGCUCUUGGAGCUCAACGCCAGGGACCCAGCCUUCGUCGGAACCGCCUUGGGAAGGUGGCCGGGUUCUGUCUAUCAGCACUCUGGAUUUACCUAUGGUUUCUCGUGGGGAGUCAUCAAGACUCUGUCUGCCGCCAAGCUGCCGUGGGAGGUGGUCACGCGCUCCCACCACGAGGACAUGCACACGGGAGAGAUCAUGCUGGGCCUCCCCUCCAAGCCCAGCUACCGUCACGUGGACAUUGAGUGCUACCGCACGAACGACUGCACCAAAGAGCAAAAGGAUGCCAUCAACAAGGCCCUCUACCACAAUCUCCCAGAAGAGACGUGGGAGCCAUGGCCGUCCCGCGACAAGCGUACCACCCUGCGCCUCGUCGACUGGGAAGGGCGUCUCAACGACUAUGGAGAGCCGUGGACACACGACUUCCGUGAUGCCGUCGGCUGGCACGGGUUCAAGUCGGAUGAGUCCUAUGACAACGCGUACAACAAGCUCAUUGCCGACUUCCGCUCUACUGGCCGCGAAUACGAGUGGGUCGUGCCCCGCAACAUGCGCAAGUUCAAGUUUGCGGACGAGCUCUAG